UAAACAUCAGCAUGUAAUACAAGCAUGUCCAAUACCAUUAAAGGUUAUAAUUAAUCAUAGGUUCUAUUCAAUUCUUCUUACUCAUUUGUUUUCUUAUGAUUGUGAUUGAUUAUAUCUAGUGUGUUAUUCAAAGUGGCUUUGUGAUAUUAAGGGAAUUGCAGUGCUUCAUGCCCAAAUGCUUAAGCCUAUAGGCAGAGAGGAAAUAAUAGUUUGUAUACGCUUAACUGACAUAGCAUAAAUUGGUAGUCGUAUUUCAGGGAUGCAGCUGUAGCAUCAAUAUAAUCAUCCAAUUUCCAUCCUAUCGCAGUGCAUCACACUUCUGCUUCACUGAUGACUCUCUCCCCUGGAGAAGUUUGAGGUUGACAUUUAAGAGAGAAACCUUAUCUCAACUUUAAGCGGUGGCUCAGGCCACCGUAUUGGUCUAUGUAGGUCUGCCCCUGCUUCUAGUAUAGGUAAAACGAAUUGGUGGAAGCAUUGCACUAUGAAAAAUAGCUGGAUAUAAUUGGUGCCUUUGACUGUACAAGUGCUUUUCCUGUUAGUAGAUUGCAACAUGCCUGCUAUUGGUCUUUCUGUUAUGUUUUUUCUCUUCUCUUUUGAAUAUUCUUAGAUGAAUCUUUAUUUUUUUAACUCGAUAUUAUUUUUCUAGUACUUUACAAGUACUUUUCUUCUUAGUAGAUCGCAAGAAGUCCUUAUCUGGGUACAGAAAGGAACAUUACGGGGUAUCUCCAAAAUUCAAUGUACUUUAUGAAGACACAUGUCGUGUUUGCGUGCUAUUUGUCAUGCCCUUUUGUUUCUUCCCUUCAUUUUCUGGGACUCUGAUACAUCUAGUGCGAUUGGGUUGAAGUCCUACAAUACACUCAUGGGGGAACUUGUUGCCCUUGAAACUCAAAAUCCGGCAAGUGGCUUGAAGAACUCUGAAGAAGAUUCCGUUGAUUUUGUUGCUGCAACAACAGCAAGUUUAGGUGUCCCUUCACCAUCCCUUUCCAGAGAUAAAUCUUUUGAUGAUUCUCCCCGUUCUGUAUCUGAAGAGAAAAAGGAAAGAAAAGGAGACCUUGAAGAGGAAGAAGAGCUAUUGAGAGCCUUAAAGCUAUCAGAGUCUGAAAGUUCACCUACAGCAAAUGAUGUAAAUGUUGUGAAUACUGUUGGUAAUAACCUUUCUGAAUGUUCAAGUGAUUCUUAUCUCAAAAAGCAGGAACCUGCGGUUCCAGGGGAAGUACAUAUGGGUGCUGAAAAUGAUGAGCUUUGUCCACAAAAACCUUCCACAGCUGAUGAUAAUAAUACGAUGAACUAUGAUGGCGAUUUGAAACCUUUUGAAAUAGUUCCAAGGCAAGAAGUGUGUUCUUCUUCACAAAGUGACAAUGAUAAACUUCAUGGCCAAAUAGAGGCAUCAUCUGAAAAGCAUGACAGCAAAGAUGAAAUUGAGAAAGCUAGCAUUGAUGUGUUGAUCAAAUCUGAAAAAGUCAAGGAAAGUUUGGAUGAAUCAGAUCUUCCACCGCCAGUCAAUACCCUUGUGCAUAAUUCUGGUGAUGAAAAGAUACAGGGUCAAGCAGUUCUGAGCAAUGAUGUAAAUGUAGUAGGAAAUGUUGAAAGUGCCGGCAAGACGUUGGAUGUCUCAUGCUCAUCUGCACCUAUUGCAGGUUUGGAAUCAUCCAAGGACAUGGCACAACCCAUUGAUGAUUCCAAGUCGUUAACCUCAAAUGCUGAUGGAAAUGAACCCAUUUACGAAGGCGAGGAACACAUACAGGAAACGAGCACUGUAAAUUAUGAAAAUCGAGAGCCCAUGUAUGAAGGUGAGGUGGUUCUAGCAGAACAAGUGGACAAGGUUAGUGGUAGUGCAGAUGAGACAAAGGCCAAGGAUGGAAUUACUCCACAACAAGGGGAACUGAUCAGGAAUUUUCUGAAGAAUAGUGCAAGUCAGCUGACUAUAUAUGGCUUAUUUUCCUUGCAAGAAGGUCUUAAAGAACGUGAACUAUGUGUGUUUUUUCGGAAUAACCACUUCAACACAAUGUUCAAGUUUGAGGGUGAACUUUACCUUUUAGCUACAGAUCAAGGCUAUAUUAAUCAACCUGAUUUGGUAUGGGAAAAGCUUAAUGAGGUCAAUGGAGAUACAGUGUUUAUGACCAGUAAUUUUAAGGAAUUCAAUGCAGAAAAUCAUGACGCUCGCUCAUGGGAUGAGCAGAAUGCAUUGGCUAAUACUGCUGAAUAUCUUUCCAGCAUCGACAAUGCAGCACAAGAGAAUACCAGCUUUAACUCUGAUCUGCAAUUAGCUAUAGCUCUUCAGCAACAAGAAUUUGAACAGCAGCAGCAGCAGCAGCAGGCGCCGCCACAGCGCAAUUUGCCACAACCAAAUACCAGCGGAGAGGCAGGGCUUGUUACAGGUCCCCAGCAUGUGCAGCCUUCAAGGCCCAGGAACUCAUCUUCAUCAUCAUCGAAGCAGGAAUCAAAAUCAUCAAAGGAGAAAUGCAUUGUGAUGUGAAGGAUGAUAUUUCCAAUCUGGAGGUUUGUUCUGUAAAUGUUUGCAUUAUAUUUUCAACUUGGUUUAAUAUCCCACAAAUUAAAUCUUAUUUUGUGAUAUCAGAUUCACUUGUUUUUCUUUUUCUUUUUGCUGUAAAUGAAGUAGCACUACUCAAAAAUAUGCUAGUUUACUCACAUUCACAUAGUUUUUUCUUACUUUUAUU